UCACCAAUAACAAUAUAUACGUCCCUAUAUUUGCGAAAAAAAACCCAAAAUGAAAAAAAAACCUCUGCACCAUCUUCUUCCGCCGAGAUAUGGCAAUAACUACACAGAACCCCAUCGCCAUUGUUGAGCUCUGCUCCACUCUCCGGCAACUCCGCCAACUCCACGGCCACUUUCUCGCCGCCGGGGUCCUCCUUGAUCCUCCCCUCUUCGCAAAGUUUGUAGCCGCCGUCGCCCUCUCCCCGAAGACUCCCCAUCAUCUCCCCUACUCCCAUGAGCUCCUUUCCCACUCCCCCCACCACGCCUCUCUAUUCGCUCUGAAUUCCAUGAUCCGGGCUCACUCCAAAAGCUCAACGCCAAUCAAAAGCUUCCAUUUUUACCGCCAGAUCCUCCUCGCCGACGCCCUCUCGCCAGACAACUACACCUUCACCUUCUUAAUCCGCGCCUGCACGCAAGCGUCGGCGCCGGAGGCAGGGCGAGCUGCUCACGCCGCCGCAUUGCGCCGCGGGUUCCUCUCGGACUCCCACGUCCAGAGUGGGCUCAUUCACAUGUACGCUGAGUUAGGCUCCAGUGACGCGUUCCGGGGAAUCUAUGCUGAGCUUCAGAAUCCCGACUUAGUCACCCAGACCGCCAUGGUUAGCGCUUGCGCGGAGUCCGGGGAGAUCAAGCUCGCACGGCAACUGUUUGAUGAAAUGCCACACAGAGAUGUUGUUGCUUGGAAUGCUAUGAUUGCUGGGUACUCACACUUGGGCAGGUCUCGUGAGGCUUUGGAUUUGUUUGGUUUGAUGCAGGUCGAAGGAGUAAGGAUCGGCGAGGCGACGAUGGUGUCAGUUCUGACUGCCUGUGCACACCUCGGCGCACUUGAGCAAGGCAAAUGGGUGCAUGUUUAUGUCGAAAAGAACAAGCUCCGUUUAACAGUGACCCUUGGGACGGCGCUGCUCGACAUGUACUUCAAGUGUGGGUGUGUGGCCAGAGCCAUGGAUGUCUUCUGGAGAAUGAAAGAGAGGAAUGUGUAUACUUGGAGCAGUGCAAUCAGUGGGUUGGCGAUGAAUGGCAAUGGAGGGAAGUGUCUCGAGCUGUUCGAGCAGAUGAAGGAUGAUGGUGUACUGCCGAAUGAGGUGACUUUUGUCGCCUUGCUUCGGGGAUGCAGUGUGGCUGGCUUGGUAGAAGAAGGCCGGGAUGUCUUUGAGUCGAUGAAGAGUCGGUAUGGUAUUGAACCUUGGCUCGAGCAUUAUGGUUGUGUGGUGGAUAUGUAUGGUCGAGCAGGGCGACUCAAGGAUGCCAUUAGUUUCAUCGAUGCGAUGCCUGUGGAGCCACAUGCUGGAGCAUGGGGAGCUUUGCUGAAUGCUUGUAGACUCCAUAACAACAUUGAAUUGGGGGAGUAUGCGAUGAAAAAGAUGAUGCAGCUUGAGUUGAGAAACCAUGGUGCGUAUGUAUCACUGUCUAACAUAUAUGCUGAAUCGAGAAAUUGGCAUGGAGUUAGUGAUGUCCGGGAGUUGAUGAAAGCUAAGGGUGUACGAAAAGAACCCGGUUGCAGUGUCAUUGAGGUUGAUGGCCAACUUCAUGAGUUCUUUGUAGGCAAUAAAUCACACCCGAAAUACAUAAAUAUAGAGACAACGAUGAAGGAGAUGAUGAGUAAACUAAGAUCAGCAGGGUAUGUGAGCAGGACCAAUCAAGUGUUGUUUGACAUAGAAGAAGAGGAGAAAGAGGAUGCACUCUGUUGGCACAGUGAGAAGUUGGCCAUUGCUUUCGGCCUAAUGUCAUUAAGAGAUGGUGUCAACAUUAGGAUUGUGAAGAACCUCAGAGUUUGCUGGGAUUGCCAUGAAACAUCUAAGUUUGUUUCAAAAGUAUUUGACAGAGAGAUUGUCAUGAGGGACAGGAAUAGAUUUCAUCACUUCAAAGAUGGGGUCUGUUCCUGCAUGGAUUAUUGGUGAUUCUUUCCUCAUUUUUUUUCCUCAUAUCGCAAUGAAGAGAUAAGAGUUUUAGUCUGUGCAUUUGAUGUGAAAUUGUUUUGACGGUCUUUCAUAGAGAGAUGAUCAUGAGGCACAAGAAAAGAUUUUAUCACUUCAAAGAUAGGGUCUGUUCUUGCACGGAUUACCUACCGAUAAUUCUUCGGUGAAUUCUUUUUUUUCUUUUUCAAUUGCAAUGCAGAGA